CAUUGCAGAUAUUGGUACCACAUCCCCUUUUAUCCUAUUAAUGGCCUCCACGUGGACAACUGGGUUCUGGAUGAGCGCAUGAAGAGGAUGAUCAUGGACCUUCAAAGACACUGGUUAACAGAUUAUCAGCAGUCACGUGAGAAGUUAUUGGUCGAAAUGACCGAAAAGCUUCAUCAGGAGUUUCUUUCUGAUCAGCAGAAGAUCCGCACCGAAUUACUGACUCAGUUUAAAGACGAAUUGGAUACCACGAGGUCAGAACUCGAAGACAAGUACAGAGAGUCACUGAAGCUUGAAAUUGCGAAAUUGGUCGAAAAACACAAGCGGGAGUUGACAGCAGCAAAGAAGAAACAGUGGUGCUGGCAGUGCGAAAGCGAGGCUAUUUAUCAUUGUUGCUGGAAUACAGCAUACUGCAGCGUCGAGUGCCAACAAGGUCAUUGGGCCACUCACAAGAAAUUCUGCCGACGUAAGAAGGGACAACAACAAGGACAGGGAACUACUAAUUCUGGGCAAGGAGGACAACAAUAA